GUCUUCUCUUGCGCACCUGCUACCGAGUCUUCGCCUUUUCUGCGAAGAGGCGAAAAAGGAAUUUGCUGACGAGAAGGGUCACCCAGAAAAUUACCUUGGGUCGACCCCGUCAUUCGUAAAAUUGCCGCUCCAAGAGGCACUUGUGCGUUCCAACAUUGAUCCAUACAAUGUGAGCAAUACGAAGCAAAAUUCUAGUAUGGGACGGGUAAUCACUGCAUCCUCUUUGUGGCUGACAACACACCAGGUGCCCACGCACGACGUCGUUUUUGCUCUUGCUUCCGUGCAUUGGUUCCGAGCUUGCACAGCUUAUGCUUGACUGUAUUUACCUAAGCGAUCACUGUUCCGUAAAGCGCAGCCGCUUUUUUCAAUUUCAACUAUGCUGAAUGAAUAGUUUGAACAGGAAAUGUAGGACCAGUUAGGCCAUGACUUACUCAGCCCUAGUCUUUAUGCCCGGUAUCUGAGGUUCUUCUGGAAAGAGGUCCUAAAGUUCUGUAGGUGACAAGCCUCAAGUUUCAUGCAAUCCAUCACAAGUCCGUGCGCAAUGUAGUGCGUUUGCUGGCUUCCCUCGCACGUGAAAGCUUGCUUGUGGAGUGGGUACCCAAAGAGGAGCAACCAGCCGCUGGUGCUCCAGAUGAAGAGAUUUUUCUUCGAAACAAGCUGCACGUCAUCCCGCCAGAUGCAUACGCCGGCUGGACAGAGGAAGAGUUAUGGUUGGAUAGGGGCGUAAAAUUCAUGCUGUACCGAACACGAAAGAUAAAAUCACUAGAAAUGUCUAGCUGUGGCACGAACUAGAAUGGAGAAACAAGGGAGCAUGGACGAUACCAAAACGAGACUUCGAAAAGUCAAGGGAUGACUCAUAAUUCAGGUGUUUUGUACUAGAAUCGGCGCAACGCGAAAUGAUAAAACUUUACCCCUUCAUCAUCCUUUCUACAUGCCAUGCGGGAGGACUUCUCCACUGUGCAACUGCUGGAGGACUUGGGCGGUGGCCGGAAGCUCUUCUUCGCAUCAGCGAAACUUAUGCAAAAUCCGGGCAGUACACAAGGCUUCUAGCAUGAGCAGAACUACAUUCUCCAUCUAGGUUGGGCAAGCAUCACGUUUUGCACGAACACAAGUCACAAAACAUAUUCCGACGCAGCGUCGUAUGACAAUGCUCAAUGUUCUGCCAAGUCAUCGUGGAUGGGCUCAGAAGCUACUUUUCUCGGUUUAACGGAAGCGGAACGCCCUAUUUAGCCAUCAAAGACACAUUUCUGCAUUCAGAUCUCCGCAUCUGCACCAGAACUGGUCAGAAUGUGAACCGAACAUGCAUACUUUACGUUCUUGUGAGAACUGGUGACUGCUGGCAUAGAGAGCGUUAAACACGCCUCUGUGAAUCUUCAGGUGACAACAGCUUUGGACAGGUGAUGGCCUCCUUGGAGAAUACAGAUGAACAGGCUGAGGCACAAGCAAGCUAUGUGAAAAAUGGCGACGGUCUUGUAAGGAUGUUUUCAAGAACUACAACAUGAGGCCAGUGUAGCUGCCAGCUUUGCCUGCCAUGGCGCAACGAAGAUGUUUUUCGCGCGUGAAAAAGCUCAAACUACACCUACCGAAGGACCGCGACAAAUUAAAAGCGAAUAGAUGUAGCGAUUACAAAAGCUGAAGCUCCAUUGAUUGACAUGCCCCAAUAAAGAGCGACAGACUGCGCAGCGCCUAGUCAUACAUGAAGCCCUUGCUUCCAAGAAGGGAAAAUAGUAUGAUGGAUCAAAGUGUCUAAGUACAGAAAACACGCGUAUACCUGUCUUUCCUACGGUAAUCCAUUGUUCACUGACACUCUGCAAUUGUAGUGAC